AUGGAAAGAGACAAAUCGCUCAAGGAAGCAAUGAAUAAGAUUGCAUUGGAAUAUUUUCUUUUCGGAAAGGAGCCAUCGAUGGAUUUGAAUGAUGAUAGUCAAUCGUCGAUCAGUAGUAGCAGUAGUAGUGGAAAGAGUUUUAAAAAUACCUCUAGUAGAAAGCAUAGCAAUAAUAAUAGUAAACAAUUGAAGCCUCCGAAAGAGGACACAACAAGUCUAAUUAACAAGCUUCCACCCAAAUUACCGAGUAAGAAAAAGACAAUUGAAUCAAAUUUUGAAUUUGAGGAUUCAUUGCCAACAGGAUUUAUACACAUUUCUCCAAAACAACAAACUUCUAAAUAUAAAGAUAUUCAAGCAAAGGAAGUUGAUGAAUCAACAAGAGAAAGAUAUGGAGAGAUUUAUUCCCAACAACCAUUCAGUUCUCCUUCUAUUACUAACUCGUUGGUUGAUCUUGGAUUUCCUAACUUGCAGAGCGAUGAGGAUUAA